AUGCAGCCAACCAUCGAUUGGACAUUCCAAGCCAUUCACCCGUCCCCUUCUGUGGACCGCCCUUCUGUGGACCACCCUUCUGUGGACCACCCUUCUGUGGACCACCCUUCUGUGGACCACCCUUCUGUGGACCACCCUUCUGUGGACCACCCUUCUGUGGACCACCCUUCUGUGGACCACCCUUCUGUGGACCGCCCUUCUGCGGACCGCCCUUCUGUGGACCGCCCUUUUGUGGACCGCCCUUCUGUGGACCACCCUUCUGUGGACCACCCUUCUGUGAACCGCCCUUCUGUGGACCGCCCUUCUGUGGACCACCCUUCUGUGGACCACCCCACCACGGACGUCAAAUAG